AUGGUGGCAACGAUAGACUGCGUGGAAAAAUCCAAACCCACAGCUGGAAACAAGGUUUCCAAACCACUGAUGGAAAAGAAACGAAGGGCUCGAAUAAACCAGUGUCUGGACGAGUUAAAGACUCUUUUGGAGAGCUACUACAGCAGCUGUAUUCGAAAACGCAAAUUGGAAAAGGCCGACAUCUUGGAGCUAACUGUGAAACAUCUGAGGAACCUCCAAAAGAUCCAGAGCUGCUCUGCCGCCGCCUCCGAGUGUCCGGAUUACCAGUCCGGGUUCCGCAGCUGCCUGGCCAACUUCAACCACUACCUGCUAAUGGCGGAUCACCUGAGCGGCAGGGACCAGUGGACGUUGGCGCGGGUCUCCAACGCGCUGGGCCGCUCCUGUGGGAGGGGGGAGGCGUCCAGCACCAUGGACAGCGGCACGGUCACUGGCACAGACGCGCAGGACGAGGCGCGGAGGCCUGCGUCCGCGGCCGGACCCGCGGAGCCGCAGGCUGCCCAGCGCAAAGCUCCCGGACGCCAGAGCGAGGACGCGUGCCACUUUUCUGGCCCCAAACCGCCCUCAGAAUGUGCACGCACGUCAAAUUCUGCUCGGGACGACUCCGGUUUCAAGAGCUGUGUCGACCGUGGGGCCCCAAACGCACCGCGGAGCGUGUGGCGGCCCUGGUAG